AGUAGCAGCAGUAGCGGCAGUAGUAGCCCGGGAUCGAGGGCACGCGUACUCUGGCCGUACUGUUGUGUAGGUGGCUGGCUGGCUUGCUGGCUGAUGGCCAUCAAUGGCGUGGCCCCAAGUUCGUUCGCUCGCUCGAGCAUAUUGCUGCAAUUAACGCUCGACAAGUGACAUGAAGGUCUCCUGGGCCAACAGGAGAACCACAAAUAAUCACCAUCGCUACCACAAACCCCCUUCCCUGCAACCCGGGGUCAGCGAGUGUGAGUAAUGGGAACGAACGAGUUGCUGAGAUCGUGAUCGAGGGUGAUCUUGACAGAGAUGAGCAAAUUGUGGUGCGCCACUAGUAGUGGUAGUAGUGGUAGUAGUAGUGGUGGUGCUAAACGCUGCCGUGUGCCAAUUUCGAACGCCAGCCACUAAACGACCGAGAGGAUCGGCUAUCGACACCUCACUUCUCACGAUCGAUCCAUCGAUCGAUCAUCGAAAAGGAAAUAUCUGUCGAAAUCACGGGAAAUCGCGUUGUGAAAACGAAAUGUGGAAAACAAUUUUUCCGGCACGCGGAAUGACGGCUACGAAGACGGCAAGCGAAGGAUAUUCUCGCAACACAGCAGCGCGAGGUCAUUUCAUGAGUAUGCGGCUCAUUAGUGGGUCCUCCCUCCCCCCCACUUUGCGACGUUGUCAUGAAAAAUUAAUCUCAUUUUUAGUGUCCAUUUUCCGCCGGCCGGCGGUUCGACCAGUGUUAUGACGCACCGGUGAGGUAGCGAUCGCAGGCCGGGGAGAGGUACAAGGAGUGUCGCGCGCCAUGUACCGUGAAGGUAGCAGCAGCUACCACCACGACCACGACCCCCCGGUCUCGGAGAGGGUGAGGUGAAAAUUCCAAGUAACGCACAAUCCGCUGGCACAUUCGUGAAGGUCGCAGCACCCGAGGGUCGAGCGCCAGUUGGCAGCGCACGCUGCUUUUUGCUCACUUUAUGUCCCCUCUUCUUUUUCUAGUCUACCGUUUUGUUGAUGGUGGUGCGCCAGCCUGUCGAGGAAAGUAGCACCGGCCGGGUGAUGGUGAACUUUGAAAUUUUUGGAGGCCAUAAAAUGCGACAAAUGCGUCGCAACCCCGCAACGGCUACAUCAUCUGGCACUCCCUGUGCGCUGCUCGGGGCGCUAUCUUUGUCUUUUCCCCCAAAACAACCCUCCAAGUAAGGAAGAAAGAAAGUGACAAGAGGAAAGAUCGAGAGCAUUGAACACAACAACGAGCGGCGUUCGAGAUGAUGGUAGAGGAGAUAAUUUUUGAACGCAAAAAAAAGUGUAACAACAUCUUCCGGUAUCACGAGGAGAUACGAAGAAGAAAAAUGCGCUCGAGACCCCUCAAGGGGCAGGUUUAUUGGAAGAAAUUAACAUCCAUUAGAGAAUGGGGGUGCGCUUCGCUUCGCCGGUGUUUCGGGGCCCAGGAGACAAACGUGUCAUCACCUACAGCCCACGGUUGCACGGAGCAAAUGGCAGUUGUUGGUGUGUUUUCGGGAGAACCAUUUAUUAUCGCUUCUUCCAGCAUCACCACAGCGCACCGGGUGUGCAGUAGCACCACAGGUACCACAGGAAAGCAUUCUUUUAUUGGCCUCACACCGGUUAGAAGAUCAUAAAAAGUAGCUUCUCGGUGCAGUGCUUCAGCUUCCGUUAAUUGCUUCGGUAAAGUGAUAAUAAAACCGAUCUGUUAACGCACACACACACGAGUGCCAAAGGAUUCAAUUAUGCGUGACUUUCUUUUUAGAAUUGCCGCAUCUGCCGUACCCCUGUUUUUUGCAUCGACAGUCGUUGCCUUGAGACGGCUUGGCCACCCGUCCCCCAUGGCGGAUGUGGUGCCAGAUAUUUAUAACCGUACAUCCUUCCUUCCUCACGAUCACGAGACGACCCUCUUCCUCCAGUGCGUACUGGGCCGGUGUACUAACUUUUAUGAAGUGAUCUUUUGGCCCCGGUUGCCCGGUGCUGGUGCGUCGUUUCGAUUGCGUACUCCGUCGUUGUUGCAACAUAACCCUGCUGGCGUUUUGUUUACCUAGCUAGAGAACGCUGAGAAUCCCCCAUGCACCACCGUGGCACUGGCCGCUCGGUAAGAACGCUCCGUCGUGGUCAUCCGUGAGAACCGUACUCUGGUGCCACCGCGGUGCCCGAAAUUAUGGCCGCCCAAUAAAUAUUCAAAUAAAGCUACUCAAUCUGAACCCUUCGCUCGUAGAGACGGUAGGCUGGCUAGCUCUAAAAAACACAAUUUAUGGUAUAUCUCUCUGGCCCGUUUGUUCAUCUGGGAUCGACUAGUGUGCCUCUCUCGCUGCAUCAUCCUCAUCGUUUGUAUAGCAUCAGCAGUCUUUGGGCCCCCGGAGCUGUGUGUAUGCUGGGCUGAUGUAUCAUCGCUUUUCGGGUGUAACAAUUAGAUACAGAGAGCGCCAGAGAGAGAGCCGGAGAGAGAGAUCUCACAGUGUGGCAUAAACACUCUACUACUACUCCACUCCACGAUGCGCGUAGUAGUAGAGUAGUAGUAGCCAACACCUCGGCCACAUAUCCACAUACAACAACAAGUGCGCGCACAUUCCACGCGUGCGCGCGCGAAGAGAGACAACAACCAGGGCGUGAGAGCGGGUGGUGGUUAUGGAUGGUUGUUGUUUGCCAUACCGUGGCCACACCGCUCCUCCAAUGGUGGUUGUGGUUCAGUUCGCGUUCAUCGUUCGACGCGGUUUAUGGGGUUCGAUCGCGGCCCUCCCUAUCCGUUGGGCGUGUGGCUCCGUGAAGUUUCGCACAGCGAGACUGGCGUCCGAGUAACGGACCACCAGCACCAUCAGUUGUGUGUUCCUUUCGCUAGUUGAGGUUCCGGUACGCGCGCUUUUCCGGUUUUGCAACAACGGAACAACGCAUUCAACAACCCCCGACGCAACAGACUCGCGGAACAACCGCGCAUAGCUUGUGACGAGUCGUUGUAGGCGUUGUGCUGUCCGUGUGCGUGUGUGUGCUUGAAACAAUGCCAAUUCGGUAUCGAAAGCGAACCAUUAUUAGUGACCGACACAAAACCGGUGCGCCCGUCCGUGUGGUGGGAACGAACGAACGACAGCAACAACACAAUGUACUACUACCGCGAGGAGGAGGAUCACUUUCGAUGGCGACGAUCGCAGGCGAUGAGACCGGAGGAUGGUGGUGUUGACAGCGGUAGCAGCACUGGUGGUGGUGUCGGAACCAUGUCGUCACCGGAUGGCGCUGACAGCGGGAUUGGUGGUGACACCGGUAACGAACCGAGUACCACCGGAACUGGAAGUGACGAGGAUGGCGAAGAUGAUGAAAGUAGUUUCUCCUGCGAUUGUGUGUGUUCCUGUUGCUGUAAGUGUAAGGAGACGGGAGGUGGAGAAGGAGGAUCACUGUCGAUGGUCACACCAACCUCACCGUUAAUCGGAUUCCUGUCCCAGCAAUACACUCGCUUACCAUCUCUGCAACCACCAACACCGACGAUGAUCGAGCGCUCGAACCACCGGAUCGCGACCGCGACUACCGACGACCCGAUGGUAGCGGCGAUGAUGCGCCUCCGAUCUAGAUCCGUGCCGCGGUUGAGCGAAUUACCGCCACCACCAACACCACAACCACCACCGACUGUCAUUAAACGCAACGAUGACAAUACAAUCGCGGCCAUUGUACGCCGUCGCCGUCGACUGAAGCGCCGUGCCAAAUCCGGUGACUUUCAAUCAUUGCCACCACUGGAUCACCGGUCGUUUGAUGCCGGGGAAAACCGUGAAACUGUGACCACCGGCAGCAUCAACAGCAGCAGAAGUACGGUUGAAGCAGCAGAACUAAACAUGGCCGCCGUGAACAAACGGCGCACGUUGGAGAUCAAAUUCGUAUGGUAUGAACUGUCGCAGGAUCUGUUGGACAAGCAGAUCGAACUGUUGGAGCGCAAGUACGGUGGAGUGAAGGCACGACACGCUGCCCUUACGAUUCAGCGCGCCUUCCGCCACUAUACGAUGGUGAAGAAGUUUGCCUCGAUCACGGCAAUGGCUAAGGCGGAGAAACGCAUGAGCCGUAGGGUUCAGCACCAACAGCAGCAGCAGCAACAGCAGCAGCAGCAGCAGCAAGCGCAGUCCCAGGCAGACAUGGACAUGAUGAUGCACCAUCAGACCGGUGCACCGGUGCUGGACGAUGGACAGAUCUACGCUACCGAGGAUGGUACGAUGGUCGGUCAGCAACGUGUCUGUGCAACCAUUUCGGCCACACCCCCAGGAACGUUACACCAUCGCGUAACACCCGUUCGUUCGAUGUCCCUCCGUGAACGCCGUCUCGAUGCCAGUCCUAUCCCGCGCAGUCAGUCCGGUACGGGUUCACCGGCACCGGCCGCCCCUAUCACGUCCUGGAGCCAAAGUCCAACCCAGCUCGUGACGGGCUCGAGCUCACCAGCUCAACAGCAGCAACAACAACAACAAUACUCCCAUCCACACGUGAACAUCCUGCAUCAGCAGCAGGCACAGCUAGCGGCAGCAGCCGCAGCCUCUGCUGGAUAUGGUUACACACAGCAGCAGGUCCCGUCACAGGGUGGCCACCCGUCGCACGUGAUGUUGUCACAUCAACAGUACCAAAGCCAGUAUGGAUCGCAGGAUUUGAACGUGAGUGGCGUUAGUACGGGUAGCUCGCAGCUCGAUUCGACCGUCUCCUCGAUGAACCUAUCCUGGAACUCGCAGCAUACGCACCAGCAAAGCCCCUACACACCGCACUACACGGCAGCGCAGAUCUACAUGCGACCGCGUGGUAUCGGUAUCGGAAGCUCCGGAGGUAGCUCGGGUAGUACGUCGAGCGUAUGCGGCAGUAGCCGUAAGGUACCACCGGAGGUACCGAAGCGUACAAGUAGCAUCACGGGUACGGGUCCGGCCAGUGGUACACCGAACCGAUCGUUGCGACCGAAUGGUUUGUGCAAAACGGCGGAGAAUGGUAGCCUGAGUUCGGUGCAGUCCUCGGGAAGCGAUUCGUCGGCCUCGGUACCGGGUGGUGUCGGU